CACGUUUCCUUCCGCCUGUGAUGUUUGCAGACGGCAAUGUCUCCUCGCGAGAAAGCUGAUGGAUGUGCUCAUCUUCUUUCACAGGGAUUGGGGGCUGAGGAAGUCGGCGCCAGCGCCAUCAGCACCAGAGAGAAGCAGCCAUCGUUUGGUCGACAACUUGCCCCUUGGUGUCUGCUGGAGGUGCCGCUUCCCCAGAGCUGAGGGAUGGAGGAGGAGCGGGGGAGCCUCCCGCAGGCUGUGGUGAAAACAGAAGAGGAAAUAGAAGCGCUGAUUUUUGAUGGAGCGGAGGUAGUUGACAUUCACAAUGUGGGAAUUCGACAGGGACCACUUCCACUUAAUGACGUUCUCUCAACUCCACAAGUGCACGAUGAGCAAAGAAGAUGUUUGGCAACUCUAGUAUACUUGAAAAAUACCAAGAGCAAUGACCCUGGGGAGUGCAGCACCGCAGAAAUCAAUCUAUCUGAUGUGGAAUCUGAAAGCACUGGUUACCAAGAGCAACCUCGCACUGACAAUAGGCAUGCUGGGAUCAUUACUCAACAACUCCGAUCAGGCAAAAGGAAAACAUUUGCUCCAUCAAAUAGCCAGAUGGGCAGACCAGUCAACUCCAAGGAAGUAAGAUUAAAAAAGAGGAGACUGCACACUAUGGUAAGAGCUGCUACAGUAAAGAGACUAUCUGAUGAUGAAGAUUAUGAAGAGUACUAUGAUGAGGAAUCGGAUGCAAUACCAGACUAUGAUAGUGACAUAACGGACAGCUCUGAAAACGGAGGUCAGCAGUCCUCACUGAUGGAAAUUCUCAAUUACUGUCAGGUUAUAUAUUCUACCAUCCGAAGACUGGACAGAAAAGUGGAAGUGAUUCAGCGGCAAGUGUCUGAUCUACGUCAAGGGAGGACCAAAUUUUUUGCUAAGCAAAGGCAGGUCUUGGCAUCUCUUUCAAAUUGUUAUAACCAGAAAUUGAAAAGGAAAGUGGGACUGAGACCUGCGGUGAAGACGCGAAAGAGGAGAAUUGACUGUUCCAGUCCAGCUGACCCGAGUGAAUCAAGUGACUGUAAUGAACCAAUAAUAAUUCAGGUCGAAGAUGAUCCUACUGAUGCAGUAGUUGAUGAGAAACCAGAUGUUUCAACCUCAUUUCAUUCCAUGGAACACAUUCUUGAAAACCUGAUGCCAGCAACUAGCUCAGCGAUGCCUGGUCUAGCGGCACAGCACUUAGUCCGAAACCUAGAGCUUCAGCAUCCUUGUCAGAAGCCGCAGGCCAUACCUGCUGCUUAUAAAAUGAGCAAACCACAAACCAAUCACAGUCAACGAUCAGUGCUCCAGCAGCUAGAAAUACAAACCACCUCUCAAACAGAAGAAAAUACUUUCCAGAACACUGCAUUAGAGAUGGACCCUCUCAACAUGGAGACUUCAAAACCAGAACCAGCGCCACAACAUUCAACUUUUGACCUUUCAAAGAAUAGCUUUGGGUUUUUGGGGAAUCCCAAGCGCAAUGUUAAAAUACCUGGUGCAUUUAUACUAAAAGCCAGUCAGAAGACCCAGCCAAAGCUGGCAGCACGUUACCUGGCCAGGAAUCUGUUCACUGAUGAGGUUCUAGUAACAAGCAGCGUUGUAGGAAGCAAACAGCAAGGACUGAAAUCUCUGGAUCCAAAUAAACUGGCAGCUGUGAGAGAGUUCUUAAGCAAACAGUUCCCUCAACAUGACCUUACUGAGAUCGGUAAAGAUUGGAAGGUCUGCAUCUCAGCGAUUAACAGCAUGAUCAGUGUUACAAGGAGAAGAGCUGGAAGAGAAUACUUAUCUGAUGAUAAAGCAUCAACAGCAACCAUCUCUCCAUCCACCUCGGAUUCUGCUGUAAAUGGUCAGCUCUGGUGGCUUUAUCAGAACUCAGCACCACUACCUGCUGCACCACAUCAAAAAUCUUAUGAGAAAUUAGAGUGCCUUGGUAGACGUGACCGAAAAGUGGAAUUGCCAGCGUCCGUGAUCCAUCUUGCCAAGCAGAGGGCACGACCUGAACUGGCAGCCCGUUUCCUCAUCAGACAUCUCUUCCCAGACAGUGUUCUUCUCAGGAGUAAUGUGUACGGGGCAAUUCGGAAAGGAAAAGCUCCUCUUGACUGCAAUAAGAUAAAUGCUGUUAGAGAAUUUCUAGCAGAUUGCUUCCCAGGUUUUGACUUGACUGAGGACGGUAAAGACUGGAAAGUGUGUGUUGAUGCAAUUAAUGGUGUCAUUCGUUGUCUCAGAUAUGAACUUAAGAAGACACCCCAAGGGAGGUCAUUCCUUAAACAUUAUUCAUCGCCAUUCAAGACCCAAACAGGAUUGGAAUGAUAUGUAAGGCCAAUAUAUACUGGCUCUAGUUAUGUGGUCAUAAAUGCAUCUCAAGCAUUAAUUGUAUGCCAUUUUGUGAUGGAAGGAAAAUAUGGAAGCGUUUAAUGUGAAGAGUAUUAAAGUGGCCAUCCCAUUAUUA